AUGUCUUACAACACUUUUCUCAUCAGCCCAAGUCCUAGAGAGGAUCCCAAGGGUGGCAGUUUCUUGGAGGAAAGCAGUGGUGGGGGUGAUGACAGCAAUGUCCUGGGAGGGGAUAGCCUGGUCACAGGGCUGCUGGGUGCAGUGCUGCUGGUCAUGUGCCUCACUGGGAUGGUGGGGAACAUCUACACAGUGGCAGUGGCCUCUGGCAGGGUGGCAGGCUGCUCAGCAGGCUCUUUGGGGGUCUACUUGAUCAACCUCGCCCUGGCCGACGUCCUGUACCUUUCCACCAUCCCCUUUGUGGUUUGCACCUACUUCACCCAUGACUGGUUCUUUGGAGAUGUGGGUUGCAGGCUUUUGCUCAGCCUGGACCUCCUCACCAUGCACGCCAGCAUCUUCCUCCUGACCGCCAUGAGCCUGGAGAGGUGCUGGGCGGUGGCCAAGCCUCUGCGGGGCAGGCGGGCCAGCAGUGCCUGCUGCAAACUGGCCAGCGCCGUCCUCUGGCUCCUCUCUCUCCUGCUCAUGGCCCCCAUGAUGGUGAUGACUGAGCUGUGGGAAAGGGACAGCCCCUGCAAGUGCAUCUGCGUCCCCAUCUGGACGCCAUCGGCUUUCCGGCUCUACCUGACGGUGCUGCUCGCCACCAGCGUCCUGGCACCCGGCGCCGUGCUGGGCAUCGUGUACGCCCUCUCCAGGAUCUCUGCCACCAUGGUGGCCUGCUGGGCUUGCUUCCUCCCAUUCUGGCAGCUGGCCGGGCUGUACCAGGGAGAGGGGCUGGGCAUCAGCCCCACUGCCCAGGCCUACCUUAACUUCGGUGUCACCCGCCUGGCCUGUGGCAACAGCUGUGUCAACCCCUUCCUCUACACCCUGCAACCCUGUGUCAACCCCUUCCUCUACACCCUGCUUGCCAGCAGCUGCUGCUGGCGCCGUGCCCGCGCUGGGACGGGCGUGGCGCGGGCUGCAGCAGCCUCUCCACAGGCUGCGGGAAGCCACAGCAUCCCCCUGGCUCUCAGGGAGUGUUGGGGUCUCUGAGGGAAAGCAAGGGGUGAGCAGGCUGGGAACAUCUCACCUUUGGCUGGGGUCACGUUGAGAAAUAAAAGUGUGUCACCUUC